CCUGCAAACUUCACCAAACCGAACACACAAAACACAGAACAGUUUCACCAUGUCUCCUUUCGCCUGCCUCGCCGCCUUCUCCCUCGCACUGGCCUCGCUGUCAUCGCCGGCUGCAGCCAUGAGCAUCCCCAGCCAUAACCAUGGCGCCGCUGUCGGGGCACCCGUCGUGCCCUCGUGGAAGCAGUUCCUGCAGGUGCAGAACGACGCCCGGGGCGCGGUCGGCGUGCAGCCGUUGACAUGGAACUGGACGAUCGAGCUGGACGCCAUGAGGUACGCGAACGAGCUCCGGGUCCCCUGCAGCCUAUCGCCGAUAGCGUGGCCCACCGACGGGGUCUACGGGCGGAACCUCUACCGGGCCGGCGGGCACCACAACGCGGCGCACGCGGCGGCGGCGUGGGUGGACGAGCGGCGGUGGUUCGACCGCCGCGCCAACGCCUGCGCGCAGGGCAAGACGUGCGGGGACUACACGCAGGUGGUGUGGAACACCACCACGCACGUCGGCUGCGCCCGCCGGACAUGCAAGAACGGCCUCGACACCGUCGCCGUCUGCAACUACUUCCCUCCCGGAAACUAUGUCGGCGUGGCGCCCUACUGAUCAAUUCAUUUACUACGCAAGCCAACGUCCGGAUAUAUGUCCAAAGUUCAAAUAACGUAUACGACACCCAAGAUACUAUGUUGAUAUGAACCUUGUAUCCCUGGACAAGGUUCUGUUUUGUUUCACUGAAACUUCAGCCGAACUUCA